UCAUAUAUCCAUCGGACGAAGUUUGAAACUAGCGAGCGGGGCACUUUAAUGAAUUAACUCCUGAUUGUUGAUUGUUGGUUGUUUCACGGUGGACGAAAGUUCCUCAAGCGAGGAAUUCUGAAAGGGUUCGUAUGGAAAGUUGUCUUUGAAAGUUAGUAGCGGUUUUGUCGUCCUUGAAGUGUAACAACGUGAACGUGCGGUGCUGAUUAUCUAAGAGAAUCAUGCGGAAGUCAAUCGAUCCAUCAGUAUUAGUUUGAACCUUGUGUAAAUGUUCUAAUUUAGUGGCGACUAGUGUUUGUUAUUAUUAUGGACAGUGCUAAAACUACAUACACAUAAAGGUUUGAAAUUUUGCAAAAGUAUUCGAUAUCAGCAGUUACAGAAAUGUCAAAACGGAAAACAGGAGAUGAAGAGUCCGGAAAUAGUGAUAAGGAUUGGGAGAUUUUCGACAUUCUCGUUGGCACGGAUGAGAUAAUGCCAAAGCAUCAUCACUCCCCAGUGCAUCAUCACCAUCACCCGGACCCAUCAUGCAACGACCACCUGGCUCACUCGAUCGACCUGGCCACAACCUUGCGCAGCGAGCUGGCCGCAUCCACCUACAAACGAGACCGCCUGAUGGCCGAGCUGUCCGAUGCCAAAAGUAACCUUUGCGCGAAGGAAAACGAAUGCGAAGCCCUGCGAGCGCAGAGUGCCCGUCAAACGUCCCUCAUCAGCUCGCUGCAGCAGCGCUUAGCUGCAUCCGAAACGCGUGAAAAGACCCUACACUCCCGAAGCGAAAGCGUAGUCGGCACCUUGAACCGCGAUAAGAAACAUCUGGAGGACAAAAUCAAGGAACUGUGCGCCAAAGCCCGACGGUUGGAAUGCGAUUUGGCAGCGGAAGAAGGGCACCGGGAUCAGGCCAGAGCUCACCUGCAGGACCUGGUGCGGAGGUUGUGUCUUGUGCUGGGGAUCGACGUUUGCGACGGGACACACCUCACUCCGGAAUGUGUUCUGAACAAGGCUGGCGAAACGGUGGCCGAGCUGCAGCGACUCCGGGCAAAGCUGGCCGGUACGUGUGAGCAUCUAAAUAGCACCGAGGCGGAGUUGAUUACCACAAAGACGGCAGCUUCGGCCGAUAAGACGCGGCUGCAGACGCAGAUCGAGGGAUUGCAGUCGCUGGCGCAGGGUUUGGAAACGCGCUGUCGGCAAGCGGAGCGGGACCUUCAGGCGACUCGUGACCGGCUGGCGGAAAGUGAAGUCAAUGGGGAUAAGCUGAGAGAGGAGCUGCGAGGCUUUGAGUCCCGUUGUUGUCGACUGCAGAACAGUUGCGAUCGGCUGCAAACUGAGCGACUGCAGUUUCUGAGGACGAUAGCAACCAUCAUCGGGAUCAAUGAACCGUGUGAGAACAACAUUCGGGAUAAAGUCAGAGAGAUUACCAAUCACAACCAAUCGCUGCAUGAUCAAGUGUCCCAACUCAAGGAGCAACUGCACCAGGAAGGCUCCCGCCAUCGUGAGCACCAGGAAAAUACGACCUGCCGCCUGAAAAACGAAGAACAACACCGGAUGAGCGUCGAAGAGCGGCUGGAGAAAGCCUGCCACGAGCUGCAACAUCUCCGAGCGGAACAUACCACACUUAGUGAAUACCUGGUUCGAUUGGCCCGGGCGUUGUGUUGGAGUGAGUGUUCGGAACCACCUGCGCCGGGCAGUGACACUACCAUUCUGGGCGAAACGCUGCUGGAGAGGGCCGAGCGUCUUGCAACUCACCAUGAUCACCAUGUGCAUGGAAUCUGUGAUAAGAACUGCUGGGAACUGGCCAACCAUCAUUCGCAUUCCCACUCGCAUCACCACAGCCAUCUACCAAAGCUGAGAAGGGAACGGUCCUGCACCGAUUUGCCAAUGAAAGAAAGCACGGCACUGUACAAUUUGCAGCGGCGAGUUCGUGUCCUGCGGGAGCAAGUCCAGCGACGGGAUCUGCAUUUGGAACUCCUGCGGCGAAAGAUUGCACUGCUCGAGGAUAAUGCCAGGGGGAAAACCAUGUUGCAAACGGAACGUGACGAAGCUGUUCACAGGGCGAGGAAGAAUUCGAAAAAUGCCGAAAGGACCGCCCAGCAGUUGGCCGAAGUGAAGGCCCAGCUGGUGGAGGUGAAGACGCAGCUGAACGAAGCCUCGGACUACAAAAUCACCGCCUUGGAGCGGGCCCGGAAGUGCGACGAACUGCAGGCACGUCUCUGUGAGCUGGAAAAUGAAAGGGAACGGCUGGUGGGUCAACUGGCGGCCUACAAAUCUCGUGCCCGGUCGGCGGUGGAAAGUUCCCACGAGCGAAGGGUGCGGGACGAACAUGCUAUCACGCAUCUCCGCGAUGAGAUGUCGCGAAUCAAGUCGCAACUGGCCGACACCAACCAUCGUCUGUCGCAGCUUCAAGCGUUCCGAACCUCGGUAGCAAAGCUGCUGCAUCUACGGGACGGCCCCGACUCGGAGCUGUUGCACAAACUGCAAACCAUGUGCAACGCCCACCACCAGUGCACGUGCCUCGGAACCGGCAGGCAUUACGGUUCGUCUUCCCCGCUGGGGACGGCCGGCAGUGAUCAUCACUGUUCGCGGUACGAUGACAUUGCGCCGGGGCCUUCGUCCGCAGUCGUCGGCUGCCGACCGUUGAGUUCCAGUCCGAUUCAUACCCGGCGAUAUAUCGACUCAGGCUUCAACGACCACGACCAUAACUUUGACGAUGAUUUCGAUUUUGGGAAGAAGUAUUGAAACUGCCAUUUAUCAUCUGUUUUGGUUGGGAAACGACACUGCCAUAUGUAGUAGUGGAGGAAUAGCGAGGCAGAAGUAGAUAACGAAUUGGUGGGGAAGAUGUACAAUGUGUUCGUAUUCAUAUGGUUACCCGUGCGGAUGGUGUUUUAUAGCGAACGAUUUGUACGCGUCUAGCGACACCUAGUUGAGGGUAGUGGAAACACUUUCGUUGUAGCUUAUAAUGUUGUAUGAAAUAAAUGUUGAACGGUA